AUGGGGGAUCCAAAUCAAGGUUUGUUAUCUGGAGAAGAUAAUGCGCCUCCUUUAUUUGAAUCUCUAAGAGAAGGAGCAUUUGAUGAUUUUGACUGGAAUACCACUACUCGACCAUCCACGGGAGGCACCCAAACCAAAUUUGCGCUCCACGAUCCCUUUGCCGUCCCUGUGUUGGAUCUACACAAUAAUACAAAUUUGUCACCAGUUUCCCGAAGUAGCUUUGCCCUCAACUUGGAAGGCUUUGACAAGAUGAUGAUACAAUCGCCCAAACUGCUGAAAUCUCCCUUGUUUGGAAGAGGGACGCUCCGAAGAUCCAGCUCUGCUACCAGUUUCGAUGACCUGAAGCGAGAUAGCAUGAUGAGUAUGGGCGAUCCGUUUGCCAAUCUAGACAGCAUGCCCUUUGAUUUGCCGGGAUUUAAAAGAGCCCAAACUGCCGGUUUUCCUUCUGCUACCAAACAGAAGGAUGCAUUACAGUUUGAUCCUUUCCAACAAGCGCAACAGCAACAAUCCAAGGAUGACUCGCACUUUUUUCGUCGCACCAAGACCGAUUCGGAUGUCUUUAUUAAUAAGCCACAACAACCUCGGAAUGCCAAUACGAAUACUAAAAAGCUACCACAGCUGCCAAAGAAUUCGGGCAGGAAACAACCAGCUGAAAUUAUACCGCCGCCACCGCCAAGCCGCGGGAGAAAUACCCCCGGCGAUGUCCCUCCUUCCAGGAAUAAUCAUGUACCCAGCGAUGUCCCUCCAACGACUCGAGGAAAAAACAUGCGUACGAGCAAAAGCCCCAAGAGAGCCAUCAGCCGGUCCAAGUCGCAGGACGCUCAAUCCCGAAAGCAAGGAGGCAGCAGCAACCAUCUCACCACCAACAAACCCAGAAGUCGAUCUCCCAAACGAACACAGUCUUCGAGCUAUAGUGGCCCUCACCCCAAUCUGAAGGAAGAAGGCAGACGAACAACAACACAAUCUUCUAGUAGCUAUAGUGGCCCUCAUCCCAAUCUCAAGGAGGGACGUGGUCAUGCUUCGUCCUCCAAGUCGGGAGGAUUGGUGCUCCCCAUGCAGGAUGAUUCCGCCGGUGGCAGAUCCCGUGACAGUGGUGGUAGCAGCAGUCGCAUGAAGGAUGAUUCGGCAGGUGGCAGAUCCCGUGACACGACAACUAGUGGCGGCACGACCAAUAGUGCUGGCAGUAGAGGAAAGUCAAAGGACGACCGGGGACGAAGUCGGGAUACCACACCGACAAGAUCCAACAAAUAUGGUUCGAUGUCGAACAGUGUGACGCUGGGCGAGUCCUUGUCGGGGAUUGCUCGCAACAAGGACAAUAAGUCAUCCUCCAAAUCGCCGACUCGAACCAGACGAGCAGGAGACAAGGAGUCCAGGCACAAUAAGUCGUCGAAGCAUCAUUCUGGUUCAUCCUCCUCUGCAAGAGACAGACUCAACAAGAGUUCCGGAAGCAUAUUGUCAGCAUCCACAACGUCUUCCGCCAAUUCGCGUCUAAACAAAAGCUCGGGAAGUUUCGAAACUGACACCGAACUUAGCAAGAGUUCCAGCCAUCUUGACUACUUACAAGGCAAACCAGGGUUAAAGGCCGACCGACCAGUGAGCCGAGGGAUUGCAAAUAUUUUGGCUCGGGAUGAUAAUAUUCUGAGCGAGGUGUCCAAUGCAUCUUCUGGAAAAAACAGCGGCAGCAAGAAACAUGACAGCAAAUCAAUGGACGAUGAAAGUGGGCGUUCCAGCUCGUCCAAGCGACAUGACGGCAAACCGAUGGAAGAUGAAAGUGGACGUUCGAACACCUCCAAGCGAUCCCAACAGAGCCAAUCGCCAAGUCGCUCUACUAGUAGUAAACAAUCAAGAGGAAAGGACCGUGACCGCAGUCGCAGCAAUAGCCGAUCUCGGAAGAACAAGGCUGCUGCAGCAGCUGGCUCGUCCUCCUUACUCCAACAAAGCAGAACCAGCUAUUAUGACGAAAUUGAUCAAGUAAUGGAUUGGGACAGGCCAAGUGCACACAACAGAUCACAGUCAGAAUCCAAACAGCAAUCAAAGGGAGGUGAACGAGACCGCAGUCGCAGCAACAGUCGAUCACGAAAGAACAAGGCUGCUGCAGCUGCUGGAUCAUCCUCCUUACUCCAACAAAGCAGAACCAGCUAUUAUGACGAAAUUGAUCAAGUAAUGGAUUGGGACAGGCCAAGUGCGCACAACAGAUCACAGCCGGAAUCCAAACAGCAAUCAAAGGGAGGUGAACGUGAUAGGAGUCGGCCAGAUACCCAAGCAAAUAAAAGGACGUCCAGGGAAGACCGAAAGAAAUUGCAGCCUUUACUCAGCGACAACAACCAUCGAUCCGGUACAGGAGGAACCAACGAGUCGGUUUCCACUGGUGGAAGCAGCGCUGACAGCAGUGGCUUGAAGAAUUCUGGUAGGAACGGAGCUAGAAUUCGACGCACAAAGUCAGCCGAUGUGGACCCUCGCUAUUCUCAGCAUCACAUGAGAGAAUCCGGCAGAGGCCGAGCCCCUCGGAAUGACAAGUCGCCAACACGCGGUAGGCUUCGUCGAACUGAAUCUGCUGACCGACCCCGGGGAGAAUCGCUGACGCCCAACAGAGGACGUCAGUCCCCAAAGAACAGACGAUCAGGGUCUGUGGAGGCACCAAAGGAUCGACGAUCAGGAUCGUUGGAGGCACCUCGAAAUCGUCGCACUGGAUCCGUGGAGGCAAAAAAGAUUCGUCGCACCGGAUCGGUCGAGGCGCCACGGGGCCGUCGGGCCGGGUCUGUAGAAGCCAGAGGACGCCGCACUGGAUCUGUGGAGGCGAAGCGCAUCAGCAACAACACACCUGCGGAGGAAAAGGAAGAGGAAGAAGCCCCGAGAGAACCUGUGUUUUUGCCAAGUAUCAGUGGCAUGACCGGUGGCGAAGUCCCGACAUGGAAGAUGCAAUCGAACAAAAGCAAGGCUCAGCCUGUCGACAAAGAUGGAGUUGUGAAGGCGCAGGCUAAAGAUGCCAACAAAGCGCGUCGGCUCACGCAAGCGGCGUGGGGGGUCAAGAUAAGCAUGGCAAAGGGCCGCUAA